AUGGUUUUCAAGUUUGGUCAGUUUCUCUCACUCUCUCUCUUGCUUGUUCUUUCACUCUAUUUUUCUUUCACUCUCUAUCUAUCUCUCUUUCACACACUCUCUCUUUCACUCUUUAUCUAUCUCUCUUUCACACACUCUCUCUUUCACACACUCUCUCUCUUUCACACACACUCUCUCUUUCACACACACUCACUCUUUCACUUUCUCUCUUUUUCACUUUCUCUCUUUUUCACUUUCUCUCUUUUUCACUUUCUCUCUUUUUCACUUUCUCUCUUUUUCACUUUCUCUCUUUUUCACUUUCUCUCUUUUUCACUUUCUCUCUUUUUCACUUUCUCUCUUUUUCACUUUCUCUCUUUUUCACUUUCUCUCUUUUUCACUCUCUCUCUUUUUCACUCUCUCUCUCUCUUUUUCACUUUCUCUCUCUCUUUUUCACUUUCUCUCUCUUUUUCUCUCUUUUUUCUCUUUUCUCUCUCUUUUUCUCUUUUCUCUCUCUCUUUUCUCUCUUCUCUCUCUCUUUUUUCUCUUUCUCUCUCUCUCUUUCUCUUUCUUUUUCUCUCUCUCUCUCUUUUCUCUUUUUCUCUCUUUUUCUCUCUUUUUCACUUUCUCUUUCUUUAUGUUCAUACAAUUCAUCAGCUGAAUGUAGAAAAUACGUCCGAGAAGAAAUCCUCAACUCCUAGCUCUGGUACCACAACUCCUACUCCUAGAAAGAGCAAAACACCAAGCAAAGAGAAGGGCGCUCGUGAGUCUCCUAACCGAGAAGGCACCCCAACUCUGCCAGAUGAUGUGAUGACUCGGUCUACCCAGGAUCAGAUGUCUCGGUCUACCCAGGACAUCACCGAGGAGGAGUACAAGUUGAAGUUAGCAGAGAAAAGGCGCCAAGCAAGAGAAAAAGCAGAGAGAGAGGCAGAGUUGGAGCGACAGAGACAAGAAGAGCUUCGGCGACAGGAAGAGGAGAGACUUCGUUUAGAGGAGGAGGAGCAGAGGCGCUUAGAGGAAGAAUCCAUACGACUCGCAGAAGAAGCUAGGAAAGCAGAGGAGGAGAGGCUUCGUAAAGCCAUAGAAGCUGAAGAACAAAGAAAGAAAGAAGAAGCAGAACGUUUGGAAAUAGAAAGAAAGCAGAAAGAGGAAGCAGAAAGAAAGGCUAAAGAAGAAGCAGAGCGUUUAGAGAAGGAGAGAAUUGAAAGGGCCAAGAAAGAGGAGGAAGAAAGAUUGGCCCGAAAGAAGCGCCUGGAGAUGAUUAUGAAAAGAGUUAAAACAGAUACAGUUGUAGUUGAUUCAGUUCGGCAAGACUCUCCUUCCAAGUCUCUGCAGAGCUCGCCAAGCAGAAGCAGCAACUCUUCCACGGAAAUAUCACCUGAUGAGAAACCCGAGGAAGAUCUGCACCAAUCUGCACCCACUAUUGAUAAUUUGAACAAGGCCUCAUCCCAGGAGGAUGUGCGUUCCUCGGGAGAUGAGGAGAAGAGCUCAACCAAAUUCAAGUCCCCAUUGCUGAAGCAACUGAUGGACAAGCGAGCUGACGAUUCCAGCACAGAGGGUAGCCCCAAGUUUAAGUCCCCCAUCUUACAGAAUAUUCUUGGGAAGUCCAAGACUAAUCUUGGCAACAGAUUGCUGAAGACGAGUUCCACAGAGAAACUUGGUUCGAGCCAAGAAAGCUUGGAUCAGCCGAUUAGUGAUAACAUCUACAGUGCCAAGGACGUUGGCAGACGAAAGAGUGAUGCUGACAAAGAUGUUGACACAGCCGAGGGCAACCAUGUGGACAAACAAAAAUCUCUAAAUAGGUUAUCAGUUUCUUUUGAUCAUUCUGUUGGUAUGGAUGAUUCAGGGUUUGCAGACUCCAAUGGAAGUACCAAAGUGCCACAAAUCGAUGUGAAUGGAACUGGCAAACCUGUGGAACUGGGCAGUGAAUCUGCCAUUGGUAGUUUAGUAGACAAUGAUCUGGAUAAUAGAGAAAAGGCGGAGCAUUCUACAUUACCUGGAGCUCUCUCUUGGUGA